CAUCACUUCUGUUGAAAAAGGCUGGAAGCAUGACUUCGUUCUUGGUCGCCAGCAUUUUCUUGCUGGGCCUUUCAUCGCUGGCCACCGCCGCCAACUUCACUCAAGUCUUCCAGUGGAAUGAAUUCGACUACGAGUGGCCGUCGGAGGCCAGCAGGGCACAGGCCUUGGAAGACGGAACUUACAGACCAGAGAAUUUUGCUCCUCGUUUCAUGGCUGUCUACGGAUCAAGAAUCUUCCUCAGCUUUGAGAAAUAUAAAGGCGUUCCAGUGAAUCUGGUGUCCUUGCCGACGAGCAGCGCAUCCUCUGCGUCCCCGAAGCUCACUCCAUUCCCUUCGUGGGACUUGCAUGAAUGGGGAAACUGCAGCAAGAUGGAGUGGUCUUUAGGGCUGCAAGUGGACUCCGUUGGAAGGCUGUGGGUGCUCGACAUAUGCAGCCAAUAUUGCACUUUACCCAAACUAUGGAUUUUCAACUUAAACACCAAUGAAACAGAACUCUUUUAUCGUUUCUCCCAUCGCUAUUCUAUUCACGACUUGGUUAUCGACGAAACGCCCAACGGAACCUUUGCCUACAUCGCGCAGUUUAAAACUCACCACAUUGUCGUGUUUAGUUUGGAAAGAAAUGAAGCGUGGACUGUGGACACACCAGGAAUUAAUCCAUGUUCAAUCGCUCUUUCCCCUAAGAAGGAAACGAGACAGCUCUACCUUGGCAAUUGGCGGUUCAAAACUCUGCAUUCAAUUUCCGUCGCCGCUCUCCGCAAUGGAACUCGAGCUGCAGAACCACGACUAAUCGAAAACUGGGCUGCAAUUAAUCCGUAUAGAAUGCUGAUGGACAACCACGGGACCUUGUACACCGCCUUUAUGUGGAAGAAUUACACUUCCACUUGGAACACUUCCCGGCCAUUCCUGGAGCAAAGUUUUUAUCAGGUUUCUGGACUGAAAUCCUCUUGGCCGUUUACUUUUUCCUUGGACCAAAGUGGAACCUUUUGGAUGACAGCGUUUGAUGACGAAAAUAUGCCAAGAUUCAGGCUUUUGAAGGCUGCAGUCGGUGCAAAGUCGUACAUCUACGAGGACUCGCCAGAAUCACGAGAGUGACACUGCCUAAGGUCAGGAGAGGUCUUUUGCAAGGUUGGAUGGAAGAAAAACCCACCCUGGCUGCGUCCACGGCAUCUGUGACCAACCCUGGCCACCCGGCUUCCGUGCAAAUUGACCUCUUAAAUGAUUGUAGACUCGGGUAGAGAUUUUAGUUGAAUAUUAAAUGUUUUCUGGGAAAUUA